UUGACGAAUCUUGAGGAGCUGCGGUGGUUCCAGCAUCGGUGGCUAGAUAAGCACGGCCGCAAUAGCAGCCUCAAGGCCACGCGUCAGCAGCUAGCACUGAUGAGACGUUGGUUCGACUCGCUGGACGCAGACGGAUCUGGUGAGGUCGGACUGGACGAGCUCGAGGACCCGCUCGUGUCGGUCGGGCUGGCGUGCAGUCGUGACGACGUCCAGCAUCUGAUCGAGGAAGUCGACCUCAACGGCACAGGCGGCGUCACAUUCGACGCCUUCUUGAAUCUGCUCUACCCGGAGCGAGCCAAGCGCGAGCGAAGUCGAAGGUUUCCCCCGCCACUUCACACACCCAAGCAUCGACCUCCAGCUCGUCCCGAUGCCUCGUCGAAAGCCUCUGGGGUGAGUCCCAAGGCGAGAAACUCUGGAAAGACCGUUGUCGUGAACCCUGUUGCGCGGUUGUUCGAGGACCUGCAAGCAGGGAAGCUUGUUGGGUCUUCCGUGUUGCAGGCUCUUGAGGCAUCCAGGCAAGAACCCUCGACGGACGAUACGUACGACUGGCGCAGAACACAUUUCGACCUUCAAUUACCUUCGCUGUUUCCAUGA